UCUUCCUCUUCUCUCAUUCCCUCCAAAAAUCCCUACCUCAGGGGUGCGCAUCCCCUUAUCCUACUCUCCUUCCCCACAGUCCUCCAUGGAGCGAGCUCGCAGGCUAGCGAACCGGGCGAUUCUCAAACGACUCAUCUCCGAGUCGAAGCCGCUCCAGCAUUCCUGUCCGUCUCCGCUCCCUCCGCCUCGGUACAUCUCAACUCUCUCCCCUUCUAUAUCCCGCCGGAAGAAUGCAUCCUCACCGUCUUCCAACCAUUCGUCCGUUCCCUCGCAUUCACAGGCUCGAACCAUAUCCGUCGAGGCCUUGAAACCGUCCGAUACCUUCCCCCGCCGCCACAAUUCCGCGGCCCCUGAAGAUCAGUCCAAGAUGGCCGAAUCCUGCGGUUUCCGCACCCUCGAUUCCCUGAUCGACGCCACCGUCCCUAAGUCGAUCCGGAUCCCGUCAAUGGAGUUCUCGAAGUUCGACGCAGGUCUUACCGAGAGCCAGAUGAUCGCACACAUGAAAUUGCUCGCGUCCAAGAACAAGAUCUUCAAAUCCUACAUCGGGAUGGGAUACUACAACACGAGCGUUCCGGCAGUGAUCUUGCGAAACAUAAUGGAGAAUCCGGGGUGGUACACGCAGUACACGCCGUACCAGGCUGAGAUCGCUCAGGGCCGGCUCGAAUCCCUGCUCAAUUUCCAAACCAUGAUUUCGGAUCUGACGGGACUGCCUAUGUCAAACGCGUCCCUUCUCGAUGAGGGCACUGCCGCUGCCGAGGCGAUGGCCAUGUGCAACAACAUCCAAAGAGGCAAGAAGAAGACCUUCUUGAUCUCAAGCAACUGCCACCCGCAGACCAUUGAUGUCUGCAGGACGCGGGCAGAUGGAUUCGAUCUCAAGGUGGUGACUGCUGAUCUUAAGGAUUUCGAUUACAGCUCUGGUGAUGUCUGCGGGGUACUUGUGCAGUAUCCAGGCACUGAGGGGGAGGUACUCGAUUAUGGAGAGUUUAUAAAGAAUGCGCAUGCCAAGGGAGUGAAGGUCGUAAUGGCAACAGAUCUUCUCGCGUUGACGGUGCUGAAGCCACCAGGUGAAUUUGGUGCAGAUAUUGUUGUGGGGUCUGCACAGAGGUUUGGUGUUCCAAUGGGCUAUGGCGGGCCGCAUGCGGCAUUCUUGGCAACGUCGCAGGAAUAUAAGAGGAUGAUGCCGGGGAGGAUUAUUGGUGUUAGUGUUGAUUCAUCAGGGAAGCCUGCGCUUCGCAUGGCGAUGCAGACAAGAGAACAACAUAUCCGGCGGGACAAGGCUACAAGCAACAUCUGCACAGCUCAGGCGUUGCUUGCAAAUAUGGCUGCAAUGUAUGCUGUAUACCACGGCCCUGAAGGCUUGAAAGAGAUUGCAGAGCGGGUUCACGGUCUUUCAGGGACUUUCGCUCAUGGGCUGAAGAAACUCGGGACGGUGGACGUCCAAGGGCUUCCUUUCUUUGAUACAGUGAAGGUCAAGUGUGCUGAUGCACAUGCUAUUGCGGAUGCUGCUUCUAAAAGCGGUAUCAAUCUGAGAAUCGUGGAUUCGAAUACAAUUACUGUAUCCUUUGAUGAGACUACAACCUUAGAGGAUGUGGACGAGCUUUUCAAAGUAUUUGCUGGUGGCAAAGCUGUGUCAUUCACUGCUGAAUCUCUUGCUCCAGUGGUUGAAUCUGGAAUUCCACGUGGGCUCGUAAGAGAGAGUCCAUAUUUGACACAUCCAAUUUUCAAUAUGUACCACACAGAGCAUGAGCUGCUCAGAUACAUUCAUAGGCUACAGUCAAAAGAUCUCUCCUUGUGCCACAGCAUGAUUCCUCUGGGAUCUUGCACAAUGAAAUUGAAUGCAACAGUGGAGAUGAUGCCUGUGACUUGGCCUGAAUUUGCAAACAUUCACCCUUUUGCACCUACUGAACAAGCUAUGGGUUAUCAGGAAAUGUUCAAAGACUUGGGUGAACUCUUGUGUACCAUCACUGGUUUCGACUCGUUCUCCUUGCAACCCAAUGCAGGUGCUUCUGGCGAGUAUGCUGGACUGAUGGUUAUUCGAGCAUACCAUAUGGCACGAGGAGACACUCAUCGGAACGUUUGCAUUAUACCUGUCUCAGCGCAUGGGACCAAUCCUGCUAGUGCGGCUAUGUGUGGAAUGAAAAUUGUUGCUGUUGGAACUGAUGCAAAGGGAAACAUCAAUAUUGAGGAGCUAAGGAAAGCUGCUGAAGCAAAUAGGGACAAUCUAUCUGCUCUCAUGGUCACAUAUCCUUCAACUCAUGGAGUCUAUGAAGAAGGCAUUGAUGAGAUAUGCAAGAUAAUUCAUGAUAAUGGGGGGCAAGUCUAUAUGGAUGGGGCUAACAUGAAUGCACAGGUAGGUCUCACUAGCCCAGGCUGGAUUGGAGCUGAUGUCUGCCAUCUUAAUCUCCAUAAAACAUUUUGCAUCCCACAUGGUGGAGGUGGCCCCGGCAUGGGGCCCAUUGGUGUGAAGAAACACCUGGCACCAUUUCUACCAUCACAUCCUGUGGUGCCCACAGGUGGAAUACCAGCCCCUGAGAAAUACCAGCCUCUUGGUACUAUUUCCGCUGCACCUUGGGGCUCAGCACUUAUCUUGCCCAUUUCCUACACAUACAUAGCUAUGAUGGGGUCCAAGGGACUCACGGAGGCUUCAAAGAUCGCUAUCUUGAAUGCAAACUACAUGGCAAAGCGACUGGAGAAUCACUACCCCAUUCUUUUCCGAGGUGUCAAUGGAACAGUUGCCCAUGAAUUCAUUGUUGACUUGAGAGGCUUUAAGGCAACAGCUGGCAUUGAGGCUGAAGACGUUGCUAAACGUCUUAUGGAUUACGGAUUUCAUGGACCAACUAUGUCAUGGCCAGUUCCUGGCACUCUUAUGAUUGAACCCACUGAAAGUGAAAGCAAGGCUGAACUAGACAGGUUCUGUGAUGCUCUCAUAUCUAUUAGGGAAGAGAUUGCACAGAUUGAGAGUGGGAAAGCUGAUGUUAACAACAAUGUCCUUAAGGGAGCUCCUCACCCACCAUCACUGUUAAUGGGGGAUGCAUGGACGAAGCCAUACUCAAGGGAAUAUGCGGCUUUCCCUGCUGCUUGGCUCCGAUCUUCCAAGUUCUGGCCUACGACAGGACGAGUGGACAAUGUGUACGGGGAUCGCAACCUUAUCUGCACCCUUCUCCCAGCAUCUCAGGUUGCGGAAGAACAGGCUGCAGCCACUGCCUAGUCAGAAUAGCUUGUUGCUGCAUCUUUCAGGGUUGUAGACCCAUCUAUUCCUCUCUUUGUUGUAUACUUGUAUAUAUAUAUAUACUCCUUGGGACACCCUCCCCAUCCCCUUUAUAUAUUUGAAAAUUGCAGCUGCAUGCAAGUUAAAGCUUGCAUCAUCCACCAAA